UACCCACACAGCACACCUGGAAACAAAAUAAGAAGGAAAUGUACAAAGCAGGAGAGAGAUUUCAGAUUGCUCAUCUAAUGUGGGGCCCUGGCAGACUGAGGACAAGAACCUUGGUUAUCUAACACGGGAUGAGGCACAAAAUGGGCACAAGAUCUAAACAGAUGUUUGAGCGAAGAAGGUGCACACACACACACGGAUGUGCAUUCAUACAGUGUGUGUAUGUGUGACAGAGCACCAGGUGACAACACCCCAAACCUUCCCAUCCCCACCAGCACACACCAGCACACACCAGCACACGCCUGUCAGAGAGGCUGACGGCCCCCAGGGCUGGCGGGCUCAUGUGGCAGCAGAAGCUGGGGUGCAGAGCAUGCAGCCAAGCUGGAAGGCAUGUUAGCAGCUUCUAACAAAGCUGAACCAAGCCUCACCAUACACCCCAAAGUGCUCAUAGAUACUGACCCAACUGAUGUGAAAACGUUUAUCUUCGUAAACCCUGCGUGAAUGUUCCCUGCUUCCUUCACAAAGGCUCAAACCUGGAAGCAACAAAGAUACUCUUGGAUGAACAAACACUUGUAAUCUGUAAAACAGAAUACAAGUCAGUGACGCAAAGGAACGAGCUAUCGAUGCUUGAAUGCCAUGGAUGCACCUGGGCUGCGUUUGGCUCAAGGAAGGAAGCCAGACCUCGGGCAUGGUUGCGUUCGCAGGACAUCUGGAACAAGCCAGACCAUGGGGAGGAGAGGCAGCAGGAGCUGCCCAGAGCAGGCUUCAUUCCAGGGUGCCCCAAACUGCUGAGAUUCCAGGGCCACCAUGAGCACAUUCUAGGCAAAGCACUCUCAAAGCUGAAGAAGCACAUGGACGAGGAACAGAUGUGCACUGGCAUUUACAUUGCCAAGUGGUUCCUUCAGUGUUUCAUUGACUGGACUCCCUUCUCACUCACCCUGAAGCUCUGGGACACCUACAUCCUGGACGACAAGCACGUGCGCACAGCCACAGCAUACACCAUCCUCAAGGUGCACAGCAGUAAGAGAGGCCACGGGAGCCCAGGCAUGCCCGAGGGUGGGCAGCAGGGCCAUGGCCCCCUGCUCUGACCAGUACACAGGCCUUGGAGAGGGAGGGAAGGCCAGGCAGGUGGGUGGGGCUGGGCACUCUGCAGAGGAGCAGCAGGCGUGGGGCCUCCCCCUGCCAUAGCACUGCCUGUGGAGCUCCUGGGAACAGCUGGACCCCCAGCAGCUGCCCCUGGGAGGCACACUGAUUCUCCAUCUGAUUCACACCCAUUAUGCAGAACACCUCCUGAAGCUGUCCCUGAAAGGUCUUUGGGAGUUUCUGCAGGACACACUGUCCCAGACCUGGGUCCUGGAGGAUGAGGUGGAGCUCAGACACCUUCAGGCCUCCAUGGCCCAGCUUGAAGGAUGAAGUGUGACCUGUCAGGCGGGCUCAAGGCCCAGUCCCCUCCCAAUUCACCCUCCUGGGGCAGCAGACAGUGGACAGAGCC